AUAUGACCUAUCGCCUCUCACUGCAGCGGUGAACAGUUGAGAAACGAAAGCUAGGGGGACUGUUGCAAAAAAGCGAUUGAUAGAAGCAAGAAUACAUAAAACAAUCUUCCUUUUGAAUUUCUCUUCUUUUGUAGUAUAACGCUCUACAAAUUCAAAUAAGGUCUGUUCAAAGAGGGGAUUGCUCGAAACGAAGAUAAGGGUUUGUGUAGCACGCAAGUUGACUAGCUGUCUAGCUAACGUUGCUACGGCAAAACUGAAUCACCGUUCUAACUGUUACUGAUUUGAUAAUCGACGUCGCUGAUUUAUCGACGUGCGCAAGUCGUCUUCGAAAUCGGGGUGGUCGACCGUUCGCCAUCCAACCCUGUCUUCCCUCUUGACGCAGUCCGAAGAGUGUACUGGUUCAGAGAAUGCUAAAGAAUGAGUCAAAGGGAUACCUUGGUUCAUUUGUUUGCCGGAGGGUGUGGGGGCACAGUGGGUGCUAUUCUGACUUGUCCGCUGGAAGUAGUGAAGACCAGACUCCAGUCCUCUCAUGUCACCUUUUACAUCUCUGAGGUGCAGCUCACCACCGUUAACGGGGCCAGUGUGGCCCGCAUGGCCCCCCCGGGACCCUUGCACUGCCUCAAGUUGAUACUGGAAAAGGAGGGACCCCGCUCGCUUUUCAGAGGGCUAGGGCCCAACCUGGUGGGUGUGGCUCCUUCCAGAGCCAUCUACUUUGCAGCUUACUCCACUGCCAAGGAGAAGCUGAACGGUGUGUUCGAGGCUGACUCCACGCAAGUUCACAUGGUGUCUGCAGGCCUAGCAGGGUUCACUGCUAUCACUGCAACCAAUCCCAUCUGGCUGAUAAAGACCCGGUUGCAACUGGAUGCCAGGAACCGUGGCGAGCGGCGCAUGAAUGCCUUCGAGUGCAUGCGGCGGGUCUACCAGACGGAGGGCUGGCGGGGCUUCUACCGCGGUAUGUCUGCCUCGUACGCCGGCAUCUCCGAGACAGUCAUCCACUUUGUCAUCUACGAGAGCAUCAAGCGCAAGCUGAUGGAGUCCAAGGCCCAGGCCAGCAUGGAUCAGGACGAGGAUGAGUCGGUGAAAGACGCCUCAGAUUUUGUGGGUAUGAUGCUGGCAGCCGCCACGUCCAAGACCUGCGCCACCUCCAUCGCCUACCCCCACGAGGUGAUCCGCACCCGGCUACGAGAGGAGGGCAGCAAGUACCGCUCCUUCUUCCAGACAUUGCUGACAGUACCUAAGGAGGAGGGCUACCGCGCCCUGUACCGCGGUCUCACCACCCAUCUGGUCCGCCAAAUCCCCAACACUGCUAUAAUGAUGUCCACCUACGAGAUGGUGGUCUACCUGCUCCAACGCUAGCCCCUCCCCUUCCGGUGUGGAGAGGAAGUAGGAAGUGACUGACUUGGUUGGGGAUAUCUAAGAUGGAGACCAAAGGAAAACUGAUACUGACCAGAACCAAGAAGAAAGAAGAAGAGCUCCCCCACUAAUUCCCCACCAACAACCCCAACCCCCCUAAGCCUACCCCACAAGGGGGCGCUAUGGUCUGGGAUGAUAGAGAAAGGAUGGGGUGGGAAGAAGAGAGAGGGACGGCGAGAGACCGUUGGGUCAGUCCUUUACAGAGCCUGUCAAACAGUCUCAAAGAUAGACGGAAAUCAUUUUGUGGCCUUAAAGAGUUUAGUCUGUCUCUCUGUAGAAUGAAACUAAUCUGCUUUAGCCUGUACGGAGAUGACAAUCUGAAAGGGGAAUGCAAGAAAACAAUCGGUUAAAAAAACAGGUGUCAUAACAACACUAUGAAAAUUAUAGAAAAUGUUUAUUGCAAAAUGUUCCACCAGUAGUUCUAUUUGAUUAGAUUAGCACUUUUCCCCUAGGAUUCAGCAUACAAGCCAGGGAUGGGCAAUUGGCGGCCCUUGGAUCAACUUCCCCAAACUCAGUCGGGGUCUCAACUUACUGUUGCAAGUUAGAAUAGCAGAAUGCACAAGGUGCAAUUUCAAAAUGCAUCAGCAGUUUCUCUUAUGUCAGUCAAUGACAGUCAAUUAGCCCAUCCAUGUCAGCGAAAAAUGUUUUUGAAUAGUAAGUUAGUCGAGCGGCUGGUGGGCCCGCAUUGAUUUUGCUACAUGCUGACCACACUGCUUGCGUUGCAAAAUAAAUGUACACAUACAUGUUAUUCAAUCAUUGCACCCACACUGCUCGCGCGCGCCAACGAGCAUCUGCGUUGCCAAUCGCUAAAAUAGAAGUCAGUUCUAUUUGUGACGCUCAACGCGGUGCAAGUUCUGCCUCUCCCAUCUCCUCAUUGGUUUAUAGAAGCAGAUACCCACGUGCCAUCUCCUUAUUGGUUAUACCCACGUGGGUGAUUGAAAGAUGAACUGAGGUCGGUCGGUCGUGGUAAUACUAUGAAAGUUAGAUGCCAAUUGCUAUAUAAAGUCCAAAGAAGGAAAAAGCCUGGAAAGAGGAAAGAUGACUAGAAACAAUUCUGUUGACCGUUUUAUGUGUGGAUUAAUUGCGCAUCAGGUAAAAUAACAACUCAACAUUUAUAUCCCAGGACAAAUUAGCUAGCAACAGCAAGCUAGCUAGCUAGCUAAAUUGCCAUAAAUGUUUAAUGCUUUUUGACCUGUCCCCAAAUUAAUAUAAUUGGUUGAGUUUGUUUUGUUAUUUCAACCUGCGUGUCGCGAUCACAUUUGGUGUAGGGGGGACAAAAUCAAUUGCGCACUCGCACGUCCGGUCUGGGCAUGGUGCUAGUCUCUCAGUUUCACUCAGAUAACAUUUCUCUACACACCAUGGCCAAAUGUGUAGAAUGACAGGAAAUGGGGUGUAAAACAGCUCAUUUUCCUCUCCGCCCCAUGGCAAGAUGAUUAGAAUGGCAUGAGAUAAUUUAUAAAGUUGCAAAAAAAUGUACUCUAAAACUUAGUCUCUGUCAAUAGGGGGGCUGCUAAAAUGUUAUGCUCCCACCCCCCAUAAAAGUUGUCCAUCCCUGAUGCAAGCUAAUGUUUGAAACAAGCUGUGCAUGCUUUGUUUCAACAGCUUGAACCCAAGCUUGGUGUUUAAGGAAUGUCAAACAAACAUUGGCGAGGGAAGUUGUUUUUAAAUGACAAUUUUACGUUUUUACAACCAUCUCUAAGUGGUACGCUAUAGAAGGAUCCAGACACUUGUUUUUGGCUAUUUCACUUGUUUUUGAGAAACUUACCCCCGGCCAGUGUCACUUCCUCAAUGUCGCUGAAAAAAAACAUGAACAAAUGCUCCAAAAACAUCCAAAUACGUAUUUUUCUUUCCAAACUUUAUCUGCAACGUUAUAUUCCACUUUGCGGCGACUCGAGCUCCUUCCCCUAUCCAGCUGUUUCAUUCUUUGGUAGCCUGCUGCUAGAAUGGACGGAUAAGUAUGGCUUGAGUCACAAUAAAAUGGAAUAUAACGUUAUAGAUAAUGUUCGGAAUGACAAUUUCAUGUGUACAACAUCUAAAGACCUGCGUCACUAUACUGAGAGCAUUUACAUUUCUAAAAUGACGUAUUUGGGUGUUUAUGGAGCAUUUUGUUCAUGUUUUUUCAGAGCCCCCGUACUGCACAAUAUGAAUGAGGAAGUGACUCACUGGUUAGCCUAGAUUUCUCAAAAACAAGUGAAAUAGCACAAAAAGUGUCUAUCUUUCUAUAACAUGCCAUUGUAAAAACAAAAUAUAUAUAUAUAGAGAGAUGGUUCUUAAAAAUAAAAAAAAAGAUUUAGGCACCGUUUCUUUCUCCCCCCCAGAUCAUUUAAGAUCUCUAGCUAGCUAUAUGAUAAGAGAAUAGCAAGCAAACAUUUCACGUACUGCAACGAGUUUGUCUUCAAGCAUUCCCCUGAAGGCCAGAGUUACCCCUUAUAGUCUGAAGCAAUGCAUAUGGUGCACAAGACUAGGGAUCGCCGCUGAUCACAACACAUGCCACAGACGCUUAUCCAGUGUUUUGUAUAAUGGUAUUGUUUCUCUGAUACUAGUCAUUGGGAGGGACAUGGUUGUCUCUCGUGAGUGCACAGGAUUUCUUUGAUCUGGAUAGGGUGCGAGUCUUUCCAACAGGUACCAACACUUAGCUGGUUAGAGGUCUGUCUACCGGUGUGACGCCGCUACUUGAAGACAAUUUGUUAAAUGUUGGAAGUCAGGAAGUGUCAAUGUCAUUCCAUCAUCUCUCCCAACCUUUCGUGUGAGAUUUGGAUGGUGACUGUGGGUCGAUGUGCAUUUGACUCUGUGUUUGUGUGUGUGUGUGUGAGGUGAAAGCGAACUGCCCUGAUAUCUACUCCAGAGGUAGUGAGUGCCCUCCACUAAAAGUUAAUCAUGUAGAUUACUGCGGUUGGGAGCAAGGCAAAGCAGUGAGCCACACCAGCUGCUACACAGUAGCCCUUCCCUACCAGUGGCUCCCAACUGAAGUUUUAUACACUUUUUUUUGUGGCCUUUUGGGUUAUGUGCUUAACAUUUUCUUGUGUGGACAUUUUAAUCUUGUAUUAUCAGAAUAGUAUUACUGUAUAUGCAAAAACGGUGUUUUGCUCAGCAGUUCCCAUUGCAGAUACUGUACAGUUCAGAGUACUUCAUCUUGUGAAGGAUAUUCAUGUGUAUAUAAUACAUAUGCAUAUCAACUAUUGUGUGUAUUUUGCUUAGGUCCAUGUGUUAUUAUACUGUAGUUUAUAGUUGCAAAUUAUUUGUUUGAUUGCAUUUGUGUACAAUUGUAAGAUGUUUGAACCUGUUGCAACAUGGUGUGUUGACAUUAUUUUUCUUUUUGUUCAAGUUUUAUAUUAUACAAUUUGUAUUUCAUUUUACAUCAUGCAAGCCUUGGUGCUGAAAGACAGUCUUUGAUUUUAUGUCAAAGUAUUAUUUUUCAGAAUUAUAUAUAUUUUUGUGUGUGUGUAAAUUCCCCUCAAUCUGAUUUUUACAUUUGAAUUUGCUCUCCAGCCAUCUUCAAGCGAUAGUAUCCUGUAUAUCUAACUGUGUAGGCUCCUGCAUCCUAUCUGGUCUUUGUUACAAAUUCUCAAUCUGGUAUUUAGUAGGGGAAAAAAAACAGUGAUGGAGCGUAAUAUAAAUGACUAUUAUAUUAAUGUCAAUAUUAUGACAAGGUGAUGUUUUGGCGUUCAAGUCACCCUGAACUAUUUGAAACUGAUUCAGGCUCUGGAUUCAUGACUGAAGACCAUCCGACAGUGCAGAGGCUACAUUGGAUUAUGGUGCGCAUCGUUUAGAUGGUUGUAAAUAUCCUUCUGUACAUUGAAGUUUUUACCCGAGGCCUCUGCCUAUGGUAGUUGUUCAUUUUGUCAGGCCAAUUUCAAGUAUUUUUUCCUAUCCACUGGCAUACUGUAUAGAACUGUACUGUGGAGUCCUUUUCCCACAGACUAUAGCCUAGCUGUUUUUGUUACUAUCAUUGCCCUGACAGUCAUACUGUGACUUGAAUAACUAGUAUACAGUACAUAACUGAUGUAUUUUGUAGUGGAGCGUAGACUUGCAUAUAAUGUGAUCUGUUAGACUUUAGUGACUGCCCCGUGCUGCUAUCUAAGAGAUGGGGCUCAAUGCCACUACGCUUCCACUCCACUCAAGACGGCUCUGUUGUAUUGAAAACAAAACACUACACAGACCAGCAGGUCUGCAGUUUCAUGACUUGUCCCCACAUAGUCUUGGGUUAGUAGGUUGGCAAUACCUCAACCAUGCCACUAAAGACUAAUCCAUUUAACACUGUGGAUGCCAUCAUGGUGGGUCCCAUAUGGCUUCUCUAUUGGCAAAAACCGGAGUCUGCCAGGGAGUAUACAGAUUUUAUACAGCCAAGGUACAGUUUACACAGUUUGGAAAAGUAGGCGUACAUUUCUAUGGUACGGUACUGGAGAACUAGUAACUCAAGAAUCUACUUCUCAGCUCUCUAUCAAUGUUAUUUCGUAGUCAAUAGGGGUCCAGGUUGACAUGACUACCAUGCUGCCCAAUUGAUAUCUGGGCUAGAGAAAUAUGCUUACUCAUUCAUGUCCAUGUUUUUGCCUGACUCAAUACUUCAAGGAGAAAUGUGAUUACUAUAUGUAAAACAUUUCAGUGAACUGAUUUUUUUGGAAUGCUGUUUUGUUGAUUGUUUUCCCUCUUAAAUCAGCCAGUACCCCCCUCCUAUUUGUUUGGUUUAAGCUGGUGAAAUUAAUGUGGCCUAUUCUUUGCCAUCUAUGUAUCAUCAUACCUCCUUUUUGUACAAAAGUCAAUAAAAACCAGAUUGCAACUCCCA